GUCUUCUCGAGCACAGUCUUGAAGCCGUCUCUCAUGUCCUCUCGGAUCCUGCUCGCGAGACGUUUUUGGUGCUUAAUCUCGCAGCCAUGAGUGGAUUUCAAAAGGCGCUGCCCAUCGCCCUCGCCGCCUUCUGCGGCGUCAUCGGCGGAGUCUACACAUUUCAGCCAAUCCUCGCGCCAAAGGACCCGAUAGUUGAGGGCCGAGAAAAGACGGUCCCAGCGACGCAACAGACAAAGCCCGCGGCCGAUCCGACCGCCGCGCCCACGCCGAGCAAAUGAUGUCCCGCGGCCAGCAACUCAACGCCGGCAAUCCGAUUGAUUGACAAGAACCGCCCACAAAUCGCCAUCUAAUUUAAUUUGAUUCGAUUCACUGGAAGCUACAUUUGAGCUGUUCAUUGUCACCCAGGUUCCCCAAGCUUGGCAUAAUAGACAUCUCAUAUACAUCGGCCUCGGAACGCGAGCGCACGGCGAGUGGCUUCAUAUAAACGGCGCGUCCAAGCCCCAGAAGAGCCUGUCCCAGUCUAUGUUGUCCAGGUCCAUCCUACCUUGAAGUUGCUGCCACUGCUGUUCCAGAUACGCAGUCUCCGAGUCUGGAUUCGCCGGCUGUGGGAGCAACCCAUUCCUG